CAGUAGUCACCUGCAAGCGAGGUUCCGUUAAUUAUUUUGCCUGUUUAAAACACGCUUUAGAAGAUGUAUGGCCACAACUCGUUGAAAAAGGACUUCCAGAAUUUGACUUUCCACCUUUGGAUCCAAUGCUUUACGAAUACGAGAAAGCUGUAUUUAAUACAGACAUCAUUUAUGCAGAAGUUACUAUAAAAAAUGUUACUGUUAAUGGUUUCUCAAAGACUCAUUUUAAUGAUGUCAGAGCGCAUUUUCUUGACAACGUUUUCCGUUUAGAAGUCGACACAGUAAUCCCGAGACUAUUUGUAAAAGGUACCAUAAAACUGAAUGGUACUCUAAGUAUACUCAAGAUUGAUGAUGAAGGUCCCUUUAAUAUAACUGCUGAUGAAGUCGUAACAACAGAUCGGAAGA